AUGGUGCUUGUUCGCGGUCUGAUCCGUCUCGCAAGCAUGCUGGAGUACAAUGCGUUCUAUCAUGCGACAGCGGAAAUGGCGCAGCAUCACGCCUGGGGUGGCUCGCACACCCACGAUGGAGAAAACACAGUGGAGCACUUGCCUGAUAUCGAUUUCCGCCUAGAAGCAGCGUCAAGCGAAUCAGAGAGGCUUCGUACCCAACUGCACCAAAUAGCCGAAAACGCAUUUACUGGUUCAGGAAGUGGCGCGCAUCAGAGUCGUGGUAGUGCUGAGGGUGGGCACGAUCCUAUCAUGGGAGACCACCAUGGAGGCUCCUUACACGGACGAAAACACAGCACCGUGC